AUGGAUCCCUCACAGGCAGCUUCGAGCAAUGUAACUGUCGAAUACACAGAUCCCUCGGGCCUGUUCCCGCUCAUCCAACCCGUGAUCGAGUCGAAGCUCCCCCUGAAGAAUUUGCACUGGAAAUCGCCAACCCGCCCCGUGCGGUCAAUUGAGUCGCUCCGCAUCGGCUUCACUCCCGCGCAAGAAUCGGAAGAACGAAAGUCUUCCAGCGAGAAUGCCCAAGGCGCAGUUCCUCACCGCCGACACCAGAUUCCCGGUCUACGGCAGACACCAUAUCUGAAAGUUUACCUCCUCCGAUGCGACGAUAACGAGACGUAUAAGGCGACGGCCCGGCGAAACCUCCGAGAAUGGAUCAAGGCCAAUGCUUCUACGCAGAGCUCGCAGUCUGCAACCGCUAGUCAGGAAAAGCACGAUGCGUUUGAGUGGCUUAUUCUACACGUGGUGCCGGACGGUGACGCUGCGGACAAGGCGGCCACACCUACAUCUAAAUGGGGCCGGAGUUCGACUACGGUGCUGGAGAAGGCAAAGGCCGACUUCAAUGGGUCGUCCAAGACUGCUGUGGACCGCGUGGCUCAAUUGCGUCUUCCGAAGCCGGGAAUCAAGUCCCCCGAGUUGGCUGCGCAGCUGGAGGAUUUGAUUGACAAAAUGAAGAAUGGCAUUUUGGCAUCAUUCGAUCUGCGUGUGGCCCAGUACGAGGAGGAUAUCAAGGAAAAGGAUUCCCAACGCAGUCUGCCUGGAUGGAAUUUUUGCACGUUCUUCAUCCUUAAGGAGGGUCUUGCUAGGGGGUUCGAGAACGUGGGCCUCUUUGAAGAUGCACUUGCUGGAUAUGAUGAGCUAGCCGUUGGCUUGGAUGCUGCUGUUCGGGAUCAACUCGACGGGAGUGGUGAUCAACACAGUGGCGCCCUCUCAAUCGCUAGCAAGAACUGGGUAGAGAUGGCCAAAAAGGCAUUGGCCAGUGAGGCUUCUCAUGACAACGAUGGCGACGACGACGAUGCUGCUCUCUUUACGGAGCUUUCGCCGGAGGCUUUCCCAUUUAAUUCCAACAAAAUGUCCUACCGGGAAAUGAUCCUCGCUAGCGACAUCUCCAUCUUUGAUUUCCGCACAUACAUCUUCUCUCGUCAACUGACUCUAUUACUCCGAGCCGCGAGAGCUCCAUCACUAGCUGGGAGUGAGCCUGCUGAGAUUUGCGCCAGAGCGACGGAGUUCAUCGGGUUAGCUGCCCGUACUCUUAGCUAUGAUCUCGAAUGUGGCCUGGCAGAACUGGUUCACGACGACAAGACAGAUGUUAUCAGCAAUCUGGUCUCCUCAUGGGUAUUUUCAGCAGCCUUCCAAAUUAUCAGUCAGACUUCCACUCCAACCCUCGUGCUCCCUGAAUCCUCUCUUCAUGCUGUGGCACAAUCGAGUGAAACGGCUGCUGUCACAAUGGCAGACUCUCGGGCUGAUGUUCCCCGUCGCACUAGUUCGUUGAUUGGUGGUUCACGCGCUCCCCGGCCAAUGACUCAGGAUAUCUCUGAUACCGUGGGUUUGCUUCAGCGGCGAUCGACGAUUGAUCACCCUAAGCCCGCGCCUUUUCCCACACAGAAGACUGGUUCCGAACAGCUAUCAUCCGGGAGGGGUGAAUUGCUUCUGCUAGCACGGCGGUCUCUGGAGGAAAUUGCCCGGAGACGAGGCUGGGCUGAGAACUGGAAUGAUCUCGGCCUUCUGUUUGAUGAUCGUUAUCGAUCUGGGGCAAGCGGGCUGGCGGAAGUCUCCCUGAGCGGCGAUGACACCGAAGAGUCACAAAUUGAUUCUGAGAAGAGGCAAGCAUCGCUAGUCGGCAUAGAGCUUUCUGGCCUCAAGGCAGCAUUAAAGUCAAAAGACGCAUUCUUAUUCCUCUAUGAGGAUUUGACAGACCGUUUGAUCCGCCAUAAUAUGGCGGCCAACCGAGUCAACUCUGUCGAACAGGCUCUGGCCGAGAUCGCUAUUCUACGAUACAGGCGCAAAGACUACGAGGCUGCUGCAUCCUACUUCCAUCGGAUGGCUCCUUUCUACGGCGCGAAGUACUGGAAUGUCCUGGAAGGAAGCAUCUUGGAACUUCAUGCCCGGUGUUUGAAGGAACUGAAGCGGAAUGAGGACUACGUCUGGAUGAUGAUUCGGUUGCUUUCGAAGUUUGCUACAUAUGCGCAGGCGCAAUUGUCAGUCAGACAAAAGGCUGUGACCGGCUCAAUUCCUUCUACUGAGCAGGAACUACUGGAAGGACAUGUCCGCGAUCUAUUUGAAGCAUCUGGUGCUCUUCAAAAGGAUAUUCCUGCUUCUUUGACAGAUUUCUUUGCCGAUCUCCGUGUCGAUCCGGCAAUUCGACUGUUUGACAGUCGGGAUGGAUUCCAAAUCCAAUUGUCUUUGCGUUUCCUUCUGGGUCGACAGAUCGAAAUUGACAAUCUCAAGCUUCGGCUGGUCAGCGCUCAUGGCUCUCAGAAUUCCGAGCACUGGAUCGAGAGCUCAGCUAAGUUUGUGGUGAAGUCUUCAUCAACACAGAUCUUGAUUGAUUCUUCGACCACACUUCAUGGAAAGUACCUUGUGGAUCGUCUUGAGAUGAGAGCGGGCAACCUUGUCUUCAACUAUAAUGGCGGGCAAGACUCCACUCUUCCGGUUGGCUUCCGGGAAACAAAGGAUUCAGACGAAACCUACGACCAGCCGUACAUCUACUGUUACCCCCCAGCCGAAGGGCUACAGGUAAAGAUCGUGUCACCACACCUUAUCGAUCUACAGGCCAUGCGGACCCUGGAGCUGGAACUUGACAGCGGCCGAAAUGAUAUCAAGUGUGGUACAAUCCGCGUCAGACCCGCUACUGCAGGCCUACGGCUUCGUCUUACAGAGACAGAGGUUGUGGAUGGCAAGCUUGAGAUCGAUGCCAGCCAUGAGUCCGGCAUUAUCGAGUUUGGGCCGUUGGCCCCGCGAUCUUUUGUGCGACUACGUGUUCCCUACACAGUGGAGGAGGCGUUUUCAACGCUCUCUGCGAGAGCCGAAUUAGGAUAUGAGACUGAGCAAGGCCAGUUCGCUUCCUCAGCAUCAUUCAAUGUCAUUUCUACACUACCCAUAUCGGUCAAUGUGCAGGACAUUUUCAAGGAUGAGUUGCUGUUCUCGCGGUUUACUAUCAGCCCCGCAAUGCUGAUCCCAUUGCGUAUCACCAGCUGCAGUCUGCCCAGCUCGGAUAUGUACAGCGUGCAAUCCAGCAUCACCGGUCCCGUCGCCCUUGACGUCUUCCCGAAGCAACCUGCAUCGCUUCUGUACAAGAUUCGCCCUAAUGAAAACAACGUAGCUGCAUCCACGCCACGCAGCCUGAAGCUUAGCGUUGACUUCACCUGUGUGGAUGAUGAGUGUCUCGAUGCAGUUGAAAGGCACUUCGCCACUGCCGUCAACUCAAGCCCAUUCCGGCAAUAUGCAUCGCUGUUGACGUCGCAUAUCGUCAGUAGCUUCCGCGCGCAGCUUUCUACGAAUGACAUGGAAGCCAUCGGCCUGAUUCGGGAGGUGAAUAUGUUGCCAUACCGGGCCGUGCGAUGGGAUGAUCUUCUCGGCGCCUUGAAAGCACCAGCGGAGGAUAUGCGACAGUGGCUCAAGGAGUGGCAUAAGACCAACUCCACCAUUCACCUCCCCGCACAGCCCACCAUCCCAUCCCGCCGCAUCAUCAUCCCUGUCGACGUGCCGGAAAUCCAGAUCGUGCACACAGCUGAGCUGCAAAUCCAACCUAAGCCCACCACAGACCCGGGACCCUCCACCCACGCCGCUGUGGGCCAGAUGAUCAUCGCCGAACUCUAUCUCCAACACACGCGACGCUGGUGUUCCCCAGCGACCCGCGAAAACGCAGAUCAGCCCUUCGAAUGCUCCUACGAGAUCCACGCUAACCCAGACCUGUGGCAAAUCGGCGGGCGCCGCAGGGGCAACUUCCUCGCGCGCGACGGCGAAUCCAACCGCUUCACGGUCCUGCUGCUCCCCCAGAGACCAGGUCACCUCCUUCUCCCCGGUAUCGAGAUCCGCACCUUUUUCCCAUCGGGGCCUCAGCUCCCGACGCCGCCUGUGACGGACCCCGCUGCUCCCGCGGCGCCGUCGCGUCGCUCGGUUCCUUGCGAAGUUGAUUACCGCAAUCAUGGCGAGUCCGUGCUUGUUCUUCCGGACCUGAAGAAAACAACGGUUAGUCUCAGUGCUGCGGGCGGGAGCCAUGCUCCUGGUGGAGGGUCGUGGUUGGUUGACUCGGAGCGACGCGCGGAGGAAGUUCGUUGA